UUUCCAAAUUUCCCACUGAAAUUCGUGUGGUACCAUUGAAAUGACUGAAAUAUUUUGUACUGGAAUGACUGAAUUUUCGGUGAAAUAAAGUUGUCUCCAUAGGCCUGCUUCCGUAAUAAAAACGAUGUUAUUAGAGCACAUCUAUAGCUCUUAAAGCUCAGUUAAUUGAUUGAUGAACUUCCAGCCAAGAACCACAUGCAUGCUGCAUGAUCGCAGAGAGUGAGUGAGGAGGGGGAGCGCAUUGACGAAGAGAGACUUCCAAUUUGUUUGAUUUCGCAUCAAUACUGUGGAGGAAAAAAACGCAAGGACCUCUCGUUCCUCCACCUCCCUAUAUGAAGCCCAUCAGAGCCCUCACUGCCAAAUCACUCUCCUUCCUCUGCCCAUCUUCCCACCAUUCAGUGCGAUCGAGGUGGCGAGUCAUGAGCAGCGGCAACAAUGGCGGGAGGAACGGGGGGCUGGAGCUCAACCUGAACCAAUCGCCUCCGCCGCCCCUGGCCGCAGCAGAGAGGAUGGAUGUGGACGGCGGUCAUGAUGAAGACGUUGACGACUACAGCAACGGCUCGUCGUCGCCUAGCUCGUGUGUGUCGUCGGAUGAUAGCCAUGGCGGCUGGGAGCCGUCGCCUAUGGUGAUCGGAGCGUGCGAGCGGUGCCUCUUGUACUGCAUGGUGACCAAGGAGGAGUAUCCCAUCUGCAUCAACUGCAAGCAGCCCUUCCUUGUGGACGUCCUCCCUGCCGGCGACGACAAGAAGCAUGGCAAGCGCCAGUAAAGGAGGCGAUCGAACUCAGUCGCUGUGCCCAGUGGAUGCUCAUAGCGAUGGUUUAGCUCAGUUUUGGCGCACGGAUCUUGGCGCGGGCUGGGGACUGAAAGCCGUUAGAUUGUCCGGUGGCAAGUACUAGUAGCUUACUAAUAGUAGUUAAUUCCCUUCAUGAUUCAUGGCCCAGUCUGUGUUAAUCAGUGUCUUCGAUAGUUAUUUCCUGUCAUAAGUCAGCGCUUUUAUAUGUAAAAGCCCCUUAAUAAAGGAGAUUUUCCCUGGA